UCAUUAAAGUUAAGGAGGAUGUAGCUGAUGAUGACAUUCAGCGGGCACUCGCAACGAAGGAGUGUGAGACACCCCAUAUAGUGGCAUUCCUGACGGGUGGAGAGCUGUCUGGGAUUUACAUUGUUGGUGACACUGUCCAUAUAGAAAUCAAUAAGGCUGGCGAUGUCAUGGAUGCACUCUUGAAACUGAUCGCGACAUACUAUGUAUUCGACCUCGACUACCCAAAAGAAUAUGCAAUGAUGUUGGCCAUCCUUCAGGUGUUUAUCACGGACGAACCGUAUAAACAAACAGUUACAAAGGGCUUUAAGAUGGUCGCAAAAGACCUCCGAGCAAAGUUGAGUGAGCUUAAGGAAACUGACCAGGAAGAAAAUUCCAACACUGGUGGACAUUUGGAUGGUAUGUGAAUGAGAUAUUGGUGACUGUGUGAGAUAAUCAUGGCUGCUAUACUGUGCAACGUUACAGGAGACGAUGAUGUGGAGCUUGACUGAUUGGAUUAUUCUUUCCAUUAGCUCAACAGGUUCCUUCAUACAUAUGGAUAACAGGACAAAGAUGGUGUUGAUCUUGUAUGAUCAGAAUUAUUGGACAUUGGCUUGACAUGAACCAACAAUCAGUACAGUAUAUCAAUGCUUCCUUUCAUGGUAUAAUAGGUACUUAUCCACUUGUAUUACAGGUAUAGUGAGAGUCUUCUCUUAUCUGUGCCUCAUGUAUCUUCCGUUGUCUGGUGCGAGCACCCGAAAGUGGUCUUUAAGCUAACAAUGGGUGAAAACCAGUGAAUAUGUGCCAAACUGAUGGGUUGUAUUUAUCCACCCACUGUUUUCGUGUGCGUCCAUUCGUGUCCACGGUUAAGGUUUUUGUACAAAUUUUGAAAGCAAAGUUAGGGGAGAUAAUCCAUUUUGUUAUAUGUGUAAUAGUGUAACUACUCCAAUGAUAUUGGACAUAGAACCGUUAAACUUGUGUUAUGAAUAGACCGUUGAUCUCGGAUGUGCAUUUUGGAAGUUGGAUAUCACAUUAACGAGAGUCCCUAGGGGA